GGGGCUGCGCUCCCUUCCCGGCUCCGCUCCCGCCGCUCGCGCGCCCGCAGUGCCCCCGCCCUUCCCCGCCCUUCCCGCUCCUCCUUCCUCCUCCUCCUCCUGCUCCUGCUCGCGGCUCCGCUCCCUCCCUCCUGCCGUCCGUCCCCCUCGCUCAGCCUCUCCACACCGCGGCUCCGGCACCUGAAGGGACGCGGGCGGGCGCGGGCAGCUCCGACCGGCGGCGGCGGGGCGGGACAGGCAGCCCGGCGGCCUCCGAUGGCCCCACCGUGAGAGGCCGGACCCGCGGCGGGGACCAGCAGCGGUCUAGAGGAGUCCCAGGAGCAGCCAGGACGGGCAGAAGCAGUGGCUGCCAUGGAGGAGGACAAGCUUUUAUCUACAGUGCCUGAGGAAGGCGAUGCUGCCUGUGACCCCAGCCUGGAGCCUGAGGAGGAGCCAGGGGUCCAGAAUGGAAUAGCCAGUGAGGGCCUGAACAGCAGCCUCUGCAGCCCAGGGGACGAGCGAAGGGGCACCUCAGCGGACACUGAGGAUCCCACGAAGGACCCAGCUGUGGCCUUCCAUGGCCUCAGCCUUGGCCUCUCCCUCACCAAUGGCCUAGCCCUGGAGCCAGACUUGAACAUUCUGGAAGAUUCAACAGAGUCCAGGCCCUGGAGGGCUGGCAGGCUCGCAGAGGGGGAUGAUGCUUCCAGGAGCCUCUGUCCAGAUGCUGAGGACCCUCAGCUGGGGUUGGAUGGUUCCGGGGAGCCAGAUGUGCGGGAUGGCUUCAGUGCCACGUUUGAGAAGAUUCUGGAGUCAGAGCUGCUGCGGGGCACCCAGUACAGCAGCCUUGACUCCCUAGACGGGCUGAGCCUCACGGAUGAAAGUGACAGCUGCGUCAGCUUCGAGGCCCCCCUCACGCCCCUCAUCCAGCAGCGGGCCCGUGACAGCCCCGAGCCAGGGGCUGGGCUGGGCAUUGGGGACAUGGGGUUUGAGGGGGACAUGGGGGCAGCUGGUGGUGAUGGGGAGCUGGGCAGCCCUCUGAGGCGCUCCAUCUCCAGCAGCCGCUCAGAGAAUGUCCUGAGCCGCCUGUCUCUCAUGACCAUGCCCAAUGGAUUCCAUGAAGAUGGCCCCCAGGGCCCAGUGGGGGACGAGGAUGAUGAUGAGGAGGACACAGACAAGUUGCUGAACUCAGCCAGUGACCCCAGCCUGAAGGACGGCCUGUCAGACUCAGACUCUGAGCUCAGCAGCUCGGAGGGGUUGGAGCCUGGUAGCGCAGACCCGCUGGCCAACGGGUGCCAGGGGGUUAGUGAAGCUGCUCGCCGGCUGGCACGCCGCCUCUAUCACCUCGAGGGCUUUCAGCGCUGCGAUGUGGCCCGACAGCUGGGCAAGAACAACGAGUUUAGCAGGCUGGUGGCCGGGGAGUACCUCAGUUUCUUCGACUUCUCGGGCUUGACUCUGGACCGAGCACUCAGAACAUUCUUGAAGGCCUUCCCGCUGAUGGGGGAGACACAAGAGCGUGAGCGGGUCCUCACACACUUCUCCCGCCGGUACUGCCAGUGCAACCCUGAUGACAGCACCUCAGAAGAUGGGAUCCACACGCUCACCUGUGCCCUGAUGCUGCUCAACACGGACCUGCACGGCCACAACAUUGGUAAGAAGAUGUCUUGUCAGCAAUUCAUUGCCAACUUGGACCAGCUGAAUGAUGGCCAAGACUUUGCCAAAGACCUGCUGAAGACCCUUUACAACUCCAUCAAAAAUGAAAAGCUGGAAUGGGCCAUUGAUGAGGACGAGCUGAGGAAAUCCCUGUCUGAGCUGGUGGAUGACAAGUUUGGGACAGGCACGAAGAAGGUGACGCGAAUCCUGGACGGUGGCAACCCCUUCCUGGAUGUCCCACAGGCUCUCAGUGCCACCACCUACAAGCACGGUGUGCUGACCCGGAAGACUCAUGCUGACAUGGAUGGCAAGAGGACGCCCCGUGGGAGGCGUGGCUGGAAGAAAUUUUACGCAGUGCUCAAAGGGACCAUACUGUACCUGCAGAAGGAUGAGUACAGGCCUGACAAAGCUCUAUCAGAGGGUGACCUGAAGAACGCCAUUCGUGUGCAUCAUGCUCUGGCCACCAGGGCCUCUGACUACAGCAAGAAGUCCAACGUGCUCAAGCUUAAGACAGCCGACUGGAGGGUAUUCCUCUUCCAGGCACCGAGCAAGGAGGAAAUGCAGUCCUGGAUCCUCAGGAUCAACUUGGUGGCAGCCAUCUUCUCUGCCCCGGCUUUUCCAGCCGCUGUCAACUCCAUGAAGAAGUUCUGUCGGCCCCUGCUGCCCUCCUGCACUACCCGCCUCUGCCAGGAGGAGCAACUGCGAUCUCAUGAGAAUAAACUGAGGCAGCUAACUGCGGAGCUGGCCGAACACAGGUGUCACCCAGUUGAGAGGGGCAUCAAGUCCAAGGAGGCCGAGGAGUACCGGUUGAAGGAGCACUAUCUCACCUUUGAGAAAAGCCGUUAUGAGACCUAUAUCCACCUCCUGUCUGUGAAGAUCAAAGUGGGCUCAGAUGAUCUGGAGCGGAUUGAGGCCCGGCUGGCCACUCUGGAAGGGGAUGACCCUUCUCUCCGGAAGACACACUCAAGCCCUGCCCUCAGCCAGGGCCACGUGACUGGCAGCAAAACCACAAAGGAUGCCACUGGGCCUGAUACUUAGCUGAUGUGGAUGUGCAGGCCCCAGAGGUGGGCAAAGGCUCCAGUGGGGCCGGUGAGCACAAUUCCAGCCAGGAGCCACGCGGACCAUGCUCCAGGCAGUUGAUGGGCAGCCAGAGUGUGAAGAAAGCCUGUAGGCCCAGGAGAUGGAGAUGUCAUUUGUGGCAUUGACCUCCUUGCAUCCGGGGGCAUCUCUGGGCAUCAGACCCUCUCCCCAGCCCUUGUUUCCCUCUCCACCAUGGAGCCUCAUUUUGUAGGCCAAAUGUGUGCAUGCUCUAGACAUCACCUUGCUGGAGAAGCUGGAAGGGCUGUUGUCUUCCCAGGUCUUCCUCUUCUCAUCAAGCUCCUCUCCUCAUCUUUCUUGUCUGUGAGGGCAGAUCUUGACUCCAGGUCUCAGCUGGAACCCCACCUUUUCUCCUCCUCCUUCCUCUGAGUUGACCAGCAGCAGGUCUGCAGACCACCAGCACCAUCCCCUCCUUCCUCCCAGCAGCCUCCAGAACCACGCCCAGGUCUCCUGCCUCACAUCACAAUAAUCUGGGACCCAGGCUUGUGCCCCUUCAGUGUCAAGCUGACUCUACUCACAUGUGCGUCCACCUCUUUUCAUCCAUUGAGAUCACUACUGCCUUCUUUGUAUACAGACACAAAUGUAUAUCUAUAAGAAUAAUACAUGCAUAAGGAACCCCUGAAAGGUGGUUUUGGAACAGAAAUCAGUUAGAGGAUGCAAUCAGAUGAAGGAAAAGCCUAUUUUGGAGCUUCCCCUGUUAGGAAGGAUGGCUGCACUUGGCCCCCUGGCAUUUCUGACUCUCUGGGAGGGAAGGGGUGGCAGUGCUGGAGUGCUGGCCUCCCUCUCCCUGUUUUCCCUCUUCCAGCUGACCUGUGACUUACACUGCCAUUACAGUUGAUGCUUUUGGAAAAAAUAGAGCCUGUAUGCACUGCCCCAUUUGUCCCAUGGAUAUCCUGGGGUGUGAGUGGGAUGGGACCACGGCCCUGUUUAUAUUUGGGUCUUUAUGUUGGUGUUGCCAGGUCUCUGAGCUGCAAAGGUGGCCUCUUGGACAGAUCUACAGCUAUAGGAAUAAAAGACACUCUGCCUCGAAAAUGGCCACUUGUCAACAAGGCCAAAGAUGCUUGUCAGAGGAAGGUUAUGGAAGCCAUUAAUUCUUGGUCUUGGGAAAAGGUGGAAUGACAAGUUACUGAUUGUUUUUCUGUUGUUAUUUCUUUCAUUUUUCUAGUGAAUCAGAAAGGCUUAGCUAAGGAUGUAUCUGGGAAGAGUGGAGAAAUUUGCCACUUGAUGAUCACGGAUUAGCUAGCACCUUUAAGCCCUGCAUUCCUCCAACUGACAAGUUGGUGGGGGUGAUGGCACGUGCAGUACGGCCAUGAAGAGCUAAUCCUCUCUAUUUAAAUAGAUGACUGUAGUUUGGCUAGCAAUUUGACAUCAGUGGUAACGUACCUAGUUAAUAAAAUAAGCCAGGCUUGCAACUAAGUAUCUAACUUUACAGGCCCACUCACAUUUGAGGCAAGGGGCUGUUGAGUAUGUGGAGAGAUGUAGUGAUUUAAAUUCAGAUUGUUUAAGUUGGAUCAGCUGAAGUGUGUUUUAGAACCAAACCAUCUGGCCCCUUCGUUUCGCUCAGAGGAAGUAAAUGUUCACUUAAAUGAAAUUGAAAACGCAAUGUGGCACCACAAAAGCUCUAGGUACUUUCUCCAUGCUGCCUCAAAAGUCCUUUGAUUUUUGGGGUCAGUCUCACCCUUCACUUCCUGAGGGCGGGUGAGUGGAGAGCAGAACAGGGAGCUCCGGCAGCUGUGGACAGAUGUGCUUCCUGAGCACGGGUUGUGCCUCCCAUCGUAAAAAAAUGUUUAGUUCACUUCCUUAAUUGUAUAAUUAUUUAUUUGUAAAUUAUAUACAUGUACUACUGUACUAAAAUAUUAUGUACAUUAUAAAACAUACACAAAAAUAGAAAUUUAAAAAAGACAAGAUGAAAAUAAAUCUAAAUCAAAGUUCUAA